CCUCUCCAUUCUCGCUCUGGCUUUCGACUUCGUCUCCGAUGAACUCUCCGCCGAGAAUCGCCGGCGAUGAGAUGAUCGCCGUCGGCUUCGACGUCGGCAACGGCACUUGCACAAUCUCCACCGUACGACAAGGCGUCGUUGACGUCCUCCUCAUCGAUGAGCCCGCUCUCAUCUCUUUCUCCGACAAACAGCGUUUCAUCGGCUCCUCCGCCUCUUCUCUCCUCUACCCCUCCUCCACCUUCUCCGACAUCAAGGAUCUCCUCCUCUCCCAACCCCGGAGCCAAUAUCGUGUCUGGUUUCUCAAGAAAGAAAUCACUUUUACCCCUGUUCAUCUUCUUGGGAUGUUGCUCUCUCGUCUAAAGCUCAUCGCUGAACGAUCACUAGGAGUCCCUGUCUCCGAUUGCGUCAUCUCCUUGCCCUCCUAUGCCGAUCAAUUCGGGCGUGGAGCUUAUCUCCAAGCGUUUAAGAUCGCAGGCUUGAAACCUCUUCGUCUGAUCCAUGACACGACGGCGACGGCGUUGGGAUACGGCAUCUACAAGACCGACUUCUACAACUGCGAGAUCCUUGUCUUCGUCGAUGUCGGCCAUUGCGGCACCCAGGUCUCCGUCGUGGUCUUCAAGAGUAGUGGUUUGCGUGUGUUAUCGCACGCCGCCGAUCGCCGGCUCGGCGGGCGUGAUUUUGAUGAGAUUCUUUUCAAGCAUUUUAGCAAACAGUUUGAGGACGAGUAUCAGAUCGAUGUUUCUUCGAAUGCAAAGGCUAGCAUUCGGCUGAAGGCAGAGUGCGAGAAGGUGAAGAAGGUCUUGAGCGCGAACGCGGAGGCGUCGAUGAGCAUUGAAUGCUUGAUGGACGACAAGGACGUGAAAGGGUUUAUCAAGAGAGAGGAAUUCGAGAAGCUGGCAUCUGGGUUACUUGACAGAUUGCUGCUCCCCUGUGAGAAUGCUCUGUCAGACGCUGGCUUCGUCGUCGAUGAAGUGCAAUCUGUGGAGCUUAUUGGUUCUGCGUCAGGGAUCCCGGCGAUCACGAGGAUUUUAUCCUCAUUCUUUGGAAAGGAACCAAGCCGAACGCUCGACGUGAGAGAAUGUGUUGCCCGUGGUUGUGCGCUUCAGUGCGCCAUGCUUGCUUGUGGGGUCAAAAUCAAGAACUAUCAGGUGCAUGACUUGUUGCCUCAUUCUUUACGUUUUGAGUUGGACUCUGGCUGGAUUCGCAACAACCAAGUGUUGUUGAAAGGAGCAUUUUUUCCAACCGUUAAAGUUGUCAAUGUUCCAGUCCGAGGAGGUUUCUCCCAUUUGUCUGCGUCUUCCAUUCACACUGAUGAGAAUGGACAGCCACUUGAUGGUUCUCAGAUAAUUGAUACAUUCUUUUCAUGUUCAUUGCCGUUAGAGGUUGACAGUCAAGUUAAAGGAAGGCCUUGGAGCAGGCUUGACAGACCUAUUGACAUGUAUUUUCGUGGUGCGCUUGACUGUAGCGAGUUGGUUUCAGCUGGGUUGCUGGAGAUGCAGCUAGCUGAUCAGGAUAAGCUUGUUGAACGAAUUAAAGACAGAAAGAAUGAACUGCAAGCUUUGGUUAAUGAGUUUAGCGGCAACUUUUUGGAGAGAUACCGUCGCUUUGCAACUGAAACAGAAAGGAUGGCAAUCUUCAUAAGCGUCGAACAGUCACAAGAGGUGCUCUGUGUUGAAGGGGUUGACUUAACAGAAAAUGUCUACAAUAGUGAACUGCUAAAGCUGAAGAAGCUAUUGGAACCUAUUGUCAACCGAUUCAAAGAUGAAGAGGCUAGACCUCAAGCAACAAGGGAGCUUGUGCAAUGUAUAGUAGACAACAAGUUGGCUGUAGAAUGAUGGCCAACACAUGAACGAGAUGCUGUCUAUAAUGAAUGCGAUAAAGCCGAACAAUGGCUUCGAGACAAAAUUCACCUGCAGGAUUCUUUGCCCGUGGACAGUGACCCUGUGUUGUGGUCAUAUGAAAUUAAAGAAAGAACUGCAUCAUUAGACGCAACAUGCAGCCAGAUAGUAAAGCAUAGAGCUCCUCCUUCGGUCUAGGGAUGCAAACAGAUUGAAUUAGCACACGAACGUGGAAUUUGUAACUGAUUCUUAGCCCUCAUUUGAUUAUUUUUUUCUCUCUGAUCAGGAUAACACCAUUU